AUGUUGCAAGCAACUUCCGUCCCAGGUGUCCUUGCCUCCUUCACCGAAAAAUGGUCACCUCGCCUCGUCGCCGCCAUCAACGACCACCACGUCAAAGUUGCCAAGAUUGACGGCGAAUUCAUCUGGCAUUCACAUCCCGACUCAGAAGAGGUCUUUUACCUCCUAUCUGGAAAGCUCAAGAUGGAAAUUGAGGGUCAAGAUCCCGUGGUUAUGAACGAAGGAGAUAUGUUUGUGGUGCCAAAGGGUGUUCAGCAUCGGCCUGUUGCCGAGAAUGCGACAAUUAUGAUGAUUGAGCAUGAGAGCACGGUGAAUACGGGGGAUCAGACAGAUUCUGAGAGGACGAAGCAGGUGCAAGAUGCGAGGGCGGAUAGCUGA